AUGGGAGGGGGCAUAAAAGAAGAAGAGAGUGUCAGCGUGACCCUUGAUCUUCUCAAGAAGAAAAUGGAUGACUUUUCUAAGGAAAGAGACUGGGAAAAGUUUCACAGCCCCAGAAAUCUGCUACUGGCGCUGGUUGGGGAAAUCGGAGAACUUUCUGAAAUAUUUCAGUGGAAAGGUGAGGUUCCAAAGGGACUGCCGGACUGGAAAGAGGAAGAAAAACAACACCUUGGAGAGGAGCUUUCAGAUGUUUUGCUUUACCUCAUCAGACUCUCUGACAUGUGCGGCGUUGAUCUUGGUCAAGCUGCCCUUCGUAAACUCCAACUUAAUGCACUCAAGUACCCAGUUGAUGGAUCUUCAAAUGAGUACAAAAAUGUCAACACUAAUGGCGCCGAAGAUUGA